UCUCAUCCUCCUCUCUUCUACCUCAUCUUUUAUGGGUUCCUGGGGGGAAUGUUUUUCUCUCACCAUGUGGGUGAUGUUACAGACACUCGAUGAAAAUGUACCUCAACAUCAGGAUCGAGUGGCCAGUCCAGGUUUGGUGAUUCGGCCUCAUGCAGUUGAAAUUGCCUUCAACCGCAGCGACCCAGCAAACUACAAACCAUUACAUCCAGCAACUGCAUGACCUCCUGCAGAAUUAUAAUGACAGCAUUCAGGAGGGUAAUGACUUGUGUUUGGUGGGUGAAUACACUGAGCAGGACAAUGAGCCAGUUAAGAAGGUUUGUCAGUUUAAACGUAGUACACUGCGUCAGUGUUCCGGUUUGCCUGACCCCAGCUUUGGGUUCAAGGAGGGGAAACCCUGCAUCAUCAUCAAGAUGAACCGGGUUAUUGGCCUGAAACCAGAAGGAGAUCCCUACAUCAACUGCACUGCCAAGAGAGCCACUUCCUUACAGAUGCAGUACUUCCCAUCUGAAGGUCGUCUGGAUAAAAUGUUUUUUCCAUACUACGGCAAGAACGCUCAUCCUGACUACGUGCAGCCGCUUGUUGCAGUCAAGUUAUUGCUCACAAAAGAAGACUAUAACAUCGAGCAGACAGUGGAGUGUAAAGUUGAGGGUUCUAACCUCCGCAAUGAUGAUGAUCGGGACAAGUUUCUGGGUCGCGUCACUUUUCGGGUCAAAGUGUCAGAGUAACCAGACAUACCAGCUGCCAUGGACACCACAAACUGGGUUUACAUUGGAACAUACUUUUUAACACAGACCUGAUCUUUUCCCCAUUUGUUCAGACUCCACUGAAGUGACCAAAUCUGGACCAGUGAGUGAUACAAAGCUUCACUGCCAACAUCUUUCAGACCUCCUGGUUCAGUCAUAGUUAACCCCAACAGAUGUUUUACUUGGUCCAGAUCUGCACCUUAUUAAAAAGUAAAGAGAAACCAGAGUAACUAACUGUACUUGAGUCUGUUCUGACAGUUGGAGCAGAUCAGGUCUGCUGUGGAAGCAUGUGAGCCAGCGGCACAAUGUGUUAUUUUUAAACUCAUGUAUGUUAGUGAUGUAAUAAAACAGUAAUAUUAUGCCAGCCAUGUCUGACAGAGCAGUGUAACAUACUCAAAUGCAUACAUUUUACAUGUGGCCUGGUGGUUGGUAAUCAAAUUACCUACCAUCCACCAAGAUAAUGCUGCAGGACCUGCCUUUAAAACAUUCAUUGUACUACAGUGAAGAAAUAUGACUGGCUCUUAUGUCAAAUAAUGAUAGAUCCAGUGUCCUUUGCUCUGUGUUCUGAUGCAAUGUGUGGAAAAUAUUAGCAGCCCAUCUACAAAGAGCCUAUUUACUUCAUGUGAAACCUACUUUGUUGAAAUGGUUUUCACUCAUCUAGAGGGAGCUCAUGAGAUUAUCCUCAACAAAUAGGACUGAAUGCCCAAAACCCAAAUUUUAACAUUUCUAGUUUGAAAUGAAAACCACACUUUAGUUCUUUAGUUUUUCAGUGAAGUUGACUAGAAAUUCUGUGAAAUUAUCAAAAAUUAUAAUGGCAACACUGUACUGUCCUGCUGUCAUAAACAUGGCCAGAAAAUGUUACUGUUUUGUCUUAAAUCAUGUUUGCAGAAUUUCAGUAUAAUUUAUUAGAUAUUUAUAAAAACAAAAUAGUUUUCCAGUGUUUAUUAACCACAUAUAGAUUUUUUUAAAAAUGUGAAUAAUGUGUAAUUGUAAUAACUAGUGUUGUGAUUAUUGAAAAAGAUGAAACCAGCAGGGCACUAUUCAGUGAAUCACCUUCAUGACAUGUCACUGCUGUUUAAAUGUGAUGUGACAAUUUUGUUUUUAUUCUGAAUGAAAGACACCCAUCAAACAUGAAUAAAAUCAUGUUUGCCAAAUGAACAAAAACAGGAAACAUGAUGACACAUACACUCUGCUGCAAAUAAAACAA